GGCAGGCUCUGACAGCUGCUUUCCCCGCACCCACAGUCCCCUCCCCCGGUGCCGCCGUGGGGUGGGACUCCCCGGCGGGGCACUGUCUCCCGUCCUACUCCCCACCCCCGGCUCCUAGGGUCGGUUCUGGGGCGGGCGUGCAGGGGGUGGCUGGACUCCCCCACCCGACGGCGCGUCCCAGGCGCAGCCCCGCAGCCAGCGGCUCCCCCAGGACCAUGUCCCGGCUCGGCGAGGGCUGCCCGGCGGCGGCCCCGCGCCUCGUCCCUGCUGCCGCUGCCGUUCUCCUGGGCUCCCUCUGCCUCCCGGGGGUUCUGGCCUCCUCCCUGCUCACAGGAUCCGUUGCAAAAUGUGAAAACGAAGGGGAAAUUCUGCAGAUACCAUUUAUCACAGACAACCCUUGCAUAGUGUGUGUUUGCCUGAAUAAGGAGGUGACAUGCAGAAGGGAGAAGUGUCCCACGCUGUCCAAGGACUGUGCUCUGGUCAUCAAGCAGAGAGGAGCUUGCUGUGAGCGUUGCAAAGACUGCAGUUUUGGAGGCAAAACCUACAACAGCUCUAUGAAAUGGCAUCUCCCUAGCAAUCCCUGCAUUACAUACCAGUGCCAGGAAGGAGUGAUAGUAGAGUCAGAGGUACAGUGUGUGGUUCAUUGCAAAAACCCUUCCAAACUCAAGGGAAUGUGCUGUCCUGUGUGUCCAGGUUGUGUAUUUGAAGGGAGACUUUACAACGAAGGAGAAGAAUUUAGGCCUGAAGGAAAUAAAUGCACCAAGUGCUCUUGUAUUGGCGGCAGGACACAGUGUAUCCGAGAAGUCUGCCCCAUCCUUUCAUGUCCCCAGCACCUCAGUCAUACUCCUGCUGGCCAGUGUUGCCCCAAAUGCUUAGGACAGAGGAAAGUGUUUGACCUCCCAUUUGGAAGCUGCCUCUUUCACAGCAAUGUUUAUGAUAAUGGAACCUCAUUUAUUUAUGACAACUGCACGAUGUGUACAUGCAAGGAUUCUACAGUGGUGUGUAAGAAGAGGUGCUUGCUUCCUGGGGAAUGCAAUAAAAACAAAGACCACUGCUGCAAGGAGUGUGUCUCAUACAUCUCUCCUGAGGAAGUGAAAGUGUGCAAGUUUGGCAAUAAAAUCUUCCAGGAUGGAGAGAUGUGGUCCUCUGUGAACUGCACCAUCUGUGCUUGUGUGAAAGGCAAGACAGAGUGUCGCAAGAAGCAGUGCAUUCCAGUCAGCAGCUGCCCUCAUGGUAAAAUCCUGAACAGAAAAGGAUGCUGUCCUAUUUGCACUGAAAAGCCUGGCGUUUGCACUGUAUUUGGAGACCCUCACUACAACACUUUUGACGGCCGGACAUUUAACUUUCAGGGAACAUGUCAGUACGUUUUGACGAAAGACUGCUCCUCCUCUGCCUCACCCUUUCAGGUGCUGGUAAAAAACGAUGCCCGCCGGACCCGCUCUUUCUCCUGGACAAAGGCAGUGGAGCUUGUGUUGGGCAGAAGCACUAUCAGCCUCCAGCAGCACCUCACAGUGAAGUGGAACGGGACCCGCAUCUCCCUGCCUUGCAAGACGCCGCAGUUUCAGAUCGAUUUGGAUGGUUACUUACUGAAAGUGACAACCAAAGCAGGCUUGGAAAUCUCAUGGGAUGGAGACAGCUUUGUGGAAGUCAUGGCUGCACCACACCUGAAAGGCAAACUCUGUGGUCUGUGUGGCAAUUACAAUGGGCACAAGCGAGAUGACCUGAUUGGAGGGGAUGGGAAUUUUAAGUUUGAUGUGGAUGAGUUUGCUGAGUCCUGGCGUGUGGAGUCCAAUGAAUUCUGCAGCCGGCCGCAGAGGAAACCUGUGCCCGAGCUCUGUCAUGGCACGGUCAGGGUGAAACUCCGAGCCCACCGGGAGUGCCAGAAGCUCAAAGGGUGGGAGUUUCAGAGCUGUCAUUCAACGGUGGAUUAUACUACAUUUUACAGGUCCUGUGUGACAGACAUGUGUGAGUGCCCUGUCCAUAAAAACUGCUACUGUGAGUCCUUCCUGGCCUAUGCCCGAGCCUGUCAGAGGGAAGGGCUCCAAGUCCAGUGGCUACCGGAGCAGAACUGUGCAGCCACCCAGUGCAAGCACGGUGCGGUGUAUGACACCUGUGGCCCAGGAUGUGUCAAAACCUGUGACAACUGGAACGAGAUCGGCCCCUGCAACAAGCCCUGCGUGGCAGGCUGCCACUGCCCAGCAAAUUUGGUGCUUCACAAAGGAAGAUGCAUCAAGCCAGUCCUGUGCCCGCAGCGAUGACACUCCCUUCUCUUCCCACGGACACUACCGCGGGUGCUCGCUGACUCCCUUGGGCGCUCCCAGCCGGCGUGCAGGACUCCAGCUACUCACAGAGUGUAAAUCUGCUCCUGUGUGUGUAUUUAUGUGUGUUUCUGUAUCUGCACAUGGCACCUAGAGGGCUAUAGCAAUGAUACCUGUGCGUCCCUAGACGCACAGAGCUCCACACAAGUGCCCUAAAUGUUAAGUACAACCCAGAUAUUUAUAUAUGUCCACACACACACACACACACAAAUAUACAGCAUUUCUAUAUCUCAUAAAAGGAUGAAUUGUUAUAUGUAUAUUUUUUGCUAUAAAGUUUUAUGUAUUAUUAUUAUUAUUAUUAAUUUCUAGGCCCCCUGCUCUGUAAGUCAUUGUACAAAUAAACCAGGUGUUUUUAAUAUAAUAUAGUGGCACGAAAAGAUUGGAUGGCUUUGCCAUUGCCUAAGUUUGUCGUUUCCAAGGAGGCUUUUCCAGGGCCAGAGCACUGCCAGACUGGAUUAGUUUCAACACAGGCCCUGGAUUUACAGUUGUACAGGAAACACAUUUCUCUCUGGAGAUGGAGGAUUUAUCUAGGAAUAUUUUCACGUGGGCCUUAGAGCUGCGCAGUGAUUGGUGACAGAGCUUAAUCAGGCAGAGAAAGCUGGGGAUUGGCUUUUAUGCUUUGCUGAAAUAACUGUGCAAGAGGGUUUCCAAAGCUGGCUGGCCCCUUGCCAGCAGGGAGAUAUUUCUUGCUGGAACAGCACCAAAGAGGCAGGGGCCAGAUUUUCAAAAGUGUUUGGCACCCAGCAGCUCGCUUUGAAAAUGUGACCACUUCCCAUUUCAUAUCCUAAUGCCCCAGCUCUGCUGUUGUGUUUGGCAGGAGCUGUGAAUACACAAUAAGGAGCUUGAAGCAAAUAUUCAUGUAUGUAUUAGCCCCUUUAACAUGUUUGAAACUGCUGGGUUGGUUUCAU